AUGGCUGUCCCGCUUUCUACCCUCACAUUCCUAUGCCUCUCGCUCAACCUCACAGUCUGCCACGUCUACAAGGCCUCGCUGGCCACGUGUACAGCCAGUGACACAUCAGCAACGCACACCUGUCCCUGUCCCCCAUGGACGGCUGUAGUAAGCGCCACGUGGCCGCGGAGCGAAGACAGCGCCGCCGCGUGCAGCCAGAGGCUACUCGUCCGCGCAGCCUCUGCCAUCUCCGCCACUGCGCGCGACAUUGCGCGGGAAGGGGGCGGUAGCAGGUGCGCGAGUGCUGUAGCGCGUGCCAUUGCGCGGGAGAGGGGGAGUAGCAGCCUCCCCCUCUCCCCGUCCCCACUUCCUCCCCCAUUCCCCCACCCCUCCCCCCUGCCCCAUUCCCCCCUCUUCCCGCCGCCCCCGCACCUCUCUAUCCAAACAUCUUUCCCAUUCAACCUGUGCUGUCGCACCGCCAGCUGGCUGCCUCUGAUUGGCCGAGAACCGUCGUUUCUGUCGGAGCGGUGGAGCGAGCAGCUGCUGCAGGGCAGCCCGUGGCGUGCCACGUGUCCCUCGCCCUUCCUCAGAUCGGGUGUCUCUCUCCGCCUGCUGCCUUCCCCCAGCCUCCCCGUGCAAGGGGAAGGGGCGCAGCGCGGGGGCAGCUGGGAGGGGGGAGCGGCGUGCGCGGAGGGGGGAGUGCUUUGGGGAGGGGAGGCAGCUGAGGAGAUAUGUGUGAUUGUAUUGAGGGGUGAAAGAGGGAGAGGGCGGAGGGGUGGAGAGGGAAGGAGGGGGCGAUGGGAAAGUGAUGAAGCUUGGAGGGAUGGAGCAGCAGAGGGGAUGGGUGAGGGUGUGGGUGGGGGAAGAGAAGUAGAGAAGACCGAACAGAGCACUUUGGACCUUUCAAGGCAAGAGAGAGGGGAGGAACGGAGGAAAGAGCGAGUGGAGGAGCGUGUGAGAGUGAAAGGGAAGGGAGGGAAGGAGAAGAAGGCAGGGAAAAAAGGAAAGGAGAAGAAGGAAGAGAAGAAGAAGAAGAAACGGAGUGAAGAGAAGGAGAAGAAGGAAAGGAAAAGAGGGAAGGAAUUAAAGGAAGGGAGUGGAGGGAAGGAGAAGAGAGAGAAGGAAGAAACAGCAGGGAAGGAAGGGAAGGAAAGGAAGGAAGGGGAGGAAAGGAAGGGAGGGAAGGAAGGGAAAGACAAGAGGGAAGGGAAGGAAGGGAAGGAAAGGAAGGAAGGGGAGGAAAGGAAGGAAGGGGAGGAAAGGAAGGAAGGGAAGGAAGGGAAAGACAAGAGGGAAGGGAAGGAAGGGAAGGAGAAGAAAAGAGGGAAAGAAGGAAUUCCAACGCAAGGAAGGUCAAGAGGCAGCAGCAAGGCAGCACCUUCUGACGAUGACCCUCAUGCUCUCAUAAAGCUGGAGCUUUACUGUGGCUCGUCUGCAACCCAUUCUCAUCGUCUGCAACCCAUUCUCAUCGUCUGCAACCCAUUCUCAUCGUCUGCAACCCAUUCUCAUCGUCUGCAACCCAUUCUCAUCGUCUGCAACCCAUUCUCAUCGCCUGCAACCCAUUCUCAUCGCCUGCAACCCAUUCUCAUCGCCUGCAACCCAUUCUCGUCGCCUGCAACCCAUUCUCAUCGCCUGCAACCCAUUCUCAUCGCCUGCAACCCUUCAAGCUGCUUUGACAGAGUCAAAUCCUUUCACUUCCGUUCCUUGCCCAACCCCCCCAAUCAGGGCGAGUCUCAGAUGGUGUCCAAUCAGAUCCAAGCGGCACUGGACUCAUUCAGCCGGGCCGUUGCUCUGAUACCAAACGAUGCGGAGGCGUGGCGGCUGCAGGGGUGGGGGCACAAGGAGGCCGGCAACUGGCGCGAGGCAGAGGCCAGCUUCAGUAGGAGCGUUCAGCUGAAUGAGAGUUUCCUUCCUGCACUGAUCAUGUGGGUGGAGCUGAGGCAUGUAGCAGGAGACCACAGGGGCGCGUUGCAGCUGCUGGAGGCGGCACUGCAGCACCACCCGGCAAGCGUGCAGCUCAGAUACCUCGAGGCCUCCUGCCACCACGCUGUUGGCAACUUUGUUCAAAGCAGGGAGGUGGCAACGCACAUGGCAAUGGUCAUCAACGACCCCUUCCCUGACUUUAGCAUCAACGACCUUUUCAGCAGCGUCUUCAAGGAGGGGUGGGCGCGUACGUUCCACCCAGCACAAGUGGUGCAGAGAGGCUAUGCCAUGCUCGCGGAUUCCCACGCCCUCCUCUCCUCCCUGCAGCGCCGCCAGCUGCUUCUCGUGCAGCGAGCUGAGGAGGAGGAGCGAGAAGAGGAAGAGAGGAAGAGGAAAGAGAGGAGGGCAGGGAGGAGGAAGGGGGUCGGAGCAGGGGUUUCCUUGGCUGAUAGGAAGAGGGAGCUGCUGAGCGGCUUUGGGUCCUCCACGCCCAUGGUCUCUGGUCCCGCCCACAACAUCCGCUACGCCAUGCACGCUCCCAGGGCGCUGGCAAUGGUGAAGGCCAUCAUAGCGGAGCAGGGCAAGGUGUACCGAGGGGGGUACGAGGAGAUCGUUCUUUCCACACAUGCCCUGCAGCAGGUGGCAGCAGCCUCGGACCACACCCAUCUGUGGCAGGCGGUGCAGCAGCCCUUCUUUGUCUUCACACCCUGCCAGAGCACCGCCUUCCCCAACAAGACGCUCAACGGCACUCGCCUUGCCCUCUUGACCAGGCUGUAUGGUGUGGAGUUUCUCAUAGAAACGGUGCUCACGCCUCAUAGGUGGAAUGAAUUCGAUGCCGAGAUGGCAGCCUCCUGGAAGGCCAUCUGCCUGGCAGUGGCAAACACGCCUCUCCACGAUUCUGACCUCCUGGCCUACCGCAAGGCAGUACAGGACAGCAUUCUCAGAAUGGCGUACUACUGGUACAAUUUCAUGCCAUUGGCGCGCGGCACGGCCAUGACAGGCCACGUCGUCACGCUCGGCCUGCUCCUCGCCAUCGACCUCCACGCCUCCAAACCCAUUCCCCCUGCCGUCCAGGUGGACUGGGAGUCCAUCCUGUGCCCCUCAGCCGCUCUCUUCCUCCGCUCCGUCUCCUCCUGGCUCUACCCCUCUCUCACCCACUCGCCUCGCCUCAAGGACCUUCUGAGUGUGGAGGACGCGUUCCCCUCCCUGGGAGAUAUUGUGGAUGUGCUCAGUGCGGCGGUGGAGGAGGGGGGAAAGGAAAGGGGAGCGGAGAGGGGAAAGGUGGGGGGAGUGGAAGGUGGAGAGGAGGAAAGGCAAGGAAGCACAGGCGGAGACGGGCGGCCUGGAGGGCCCUUAGAAGGAAAGGAAUCGACGACAGGAGGCGAGUCUAGUGAGAGUUCCAGCAGUGUGGGUAUGAAGACGGUGGGGAAACUUGAGAUGAGAUCGGGUGUGGCUGGGGGGGAUAAGGUUGAGGUUGAGGGUGGGGAGGAGAGAGAAUCUAAGGAGGGGGGAGAGAGUGAGGGUGGGAGGAGAGGACGGAGAGGGGGGCGGAGGGCACAGAGGGAGAAGGAGAGAAGGGAGAGGGAAGAGCGGUUGCGAGAGGAGGAGAGAGCAAGGGAGGAAGGAGCAAUCGAAGGGAAAGGGGAGGAGCAAGUAAGUGAGAAAGGAGGAAGCGAAGUCAGAAAGGAUGGGAAAGAGAGGACGCAGGAGCUAGAGGAGGAGAGAGCAAGGGAGGAAAGAGAGAGGGAAGGGAAAGGGGAGGAGCGAGUGAGUGAAGUCGGAAAGGAGGGGAAAGAGAGGACGCAGGAGCUAGAGGAGGAGGUUGAGAGUGAGGGAGGUGGGGUAGGAGGCAAAGGGAGGGGGUUGGCAGGCGGUGAUAGGGAGAGGGGAGGGGUGGCAGAUGAGGACGAUAAGGCAGCAGACCGAGGUGGUGCGACAGCAGACCGAGGUGGUGCGACAGCAGUGGAGGAAGGGAGGGAGAAGAGGGGGAGGAGAGGGAGGGGGCGGAGAGAGGAGAGGAGAUUGAGGAGGGAGAAAGGGGAGGAACGAGAGGAAGAGGCGGGUGGUGUGGAGGAGCAUGAGAACAAGGCAAAGGGCAAAGGGGACGUAAAGGUAAUCACUGCGGGCACAUCUACUAUCAAGGACAAUGAGAAGGACGUGGAGAGGGAGAAGGAAAAGGAGAAGGAGAAGGUGAAGGAGAAGGAGAGGGAGAAGAAGGAGAAGGAACACAAGAGAGAGAAGAUGGUAAAGGAGAAGGGAGAACAAGAGAUGGCGGCAGCUGCAGAGUCCAGGCGGAAUCCAGUCAAGGGGAGAGCUGGUGCCCGUCCAAAGCAGCGGUGGGGUAGCGACGUGACUCUCGAAGCAGCAGUGGGGCUGCUGGAGGAGCAGGGAGAGGAGGAGUCGGCAGGUCUGCUGGCAUGUAGGGGCCACUUCUGCCCCCUCAUAUCCUCCCCUCACUUCCUCCCCUCACCUGCUCCCCGACUUGCUGUCCUCCCCUCCAAUGCCACCAGCUGGAGGAGCAGGGCGAGGAGGAGUCAGCAGGGCUGCUGGCAUGUAGGGGCCAUUGCUGCCCCCUCAUAUCCUCCCCUCACCUGCUCCCCUCACUUCCUCCCCUCCACUUCCUCCCCUCACCUGCUCCCCGACUUGCUGUCCUCCCCUCCAAUGCCACCAGCUGGAGGAGCAGGGCGAGGAGGAGUCUGCAGGGCUGCUGGCGUGGAGGGGGGCGGCCAACUCCCUCACAGGCCGCCACACGCAGGCCAUCACCGACCUCACCGAGGUGCGUCACUGACCACACCAAGGUGCGUCACUGACCUCACCAAGGCCCUGAAGAUCAUCCCGUCAGAUCUGCCCAUCUACCAGAGCCUGCUGCAGCACCGAGCCGUCUCGCACCUCAAGCUGCAGCGAUUCACAGAGGCCAUAGCGGAUUGGACUACCAUGAUCGAUGCCGACUCGAGCAAUGUAGCUGCCAUUCGUGAGAGAGGCAUGGCUCGUGUGAACCGCAGGGCUUUCAAGGACGCCAUUCCGGACCUCACCACCGCACUGCACCACUUUCCACACGAGCACACCCUCCGCCUCUUCCUGGGCAACGCCUUAUACUACAUGGGGCGGCGGUCUGAAGCAGCAGCAGCGCUGCAGGCGGUGGUGCGUGCAGAGCCGCAGCGGGGGGAGGCGUGGCGCGUGCUGGGGGACGUGCGGAGGGACAUGGGGGAGGUGGGGGAGGCGGAGAGGUGCUAUGGGCAUGCGUUAAAGGCGUUUCCCAGGGGAAGAGGAGGUGCAAUGGGUGGAGCCUUGGAGGCGUGGAGUGUGCUGCAGACGUGCGGAGGGAUAUGGGGGAGGGAGGAGGACAAGGCAGAGAGUGAUAUGCCCACGUUGCACUCGUGGGUGAAGCUGCUGCAAUCCACCGGCAGACACAGGUGGGUGCAGAGCGGUUCAGAUGGGUAG